AAAAAAGACUAAAAACAGCUGGCCAUUUCCGAAGGAUUAAUUUCCUCGCCUAGAAGGACGAUUUCGUAUUCUAUUCCUUUAGUCUUCGGGUUGGUUUUCGAAAUUUUUUGGCUUCUGAAGGCGCAGAAAAAAUAUCAUCACGUUUUCUGGACAAAAAAAAAAAAUAUUUUUUGGGGAUAGUGAACCAAUGAGGAUAUGUGUGGACGAACGAGAACUUCUACCAUUGGGGAGAUAGGAAAGGAGAAGGAAUUAUUCCAUGCGCCUAUGCUUGACAGAUGAAUUUUAUGCAACACAAAUUGAGUCAUUAAAAUUAUUAUUACAAAAGUCGGGUAAUUAUUUGGAAAAUAUUGGAUUUGAAUUAUCAAUGGAUCAUGAAACUGAUCUACAAUUCAUUAAAUUGAUCAAAAUUUAUUGUAAUAAUAUUAUAUUUUUAGAAGUAUUUGGAUAUGGUGAUCAAAAUAUUUUCGCAUCAUUUGAUUUAAUUAAAAAUGUUCAACAAAAUCUUAAUUAUCUUACUAUUAAUUCUCAAUCAAAACUUAGUUCAAUUAUAUUACGAAAUUUGAGACAAAUUCUUCCUAAUAGAUUAGAAUAUUUAAGUUUGGAUCUUAAAUUCAGUAUAAACGAUUUGGAAGUGUUGUUUAAAGAUACUAAAAAUGUUUUUAUUAGGAAAUUAUUAAUCAUAAAUAGGCAAGAAAGCGAUGACAUUUUACCUUGCAUUAAGAAAUAUAUUAUGAAAGAAAAAAGGGUCGCAUAUUUAGCUGUAAAGGUUUUUUUUAUUUCCUCUAAUAGAGUAACAACUAUAAAGGAUCUUUUUCAUUCAAAGGAUGAAGUAGAAGAGUUUAAACUUUAUGAUAUUCAAGUUACAAAUUAUGAUGUUUCACGCAUUCAAGUUUGUAAAUUUAUAAAUGAAAUGUAUUAGUUAUUUAUAUUUAUACGUAAACAAGAUUAUAUAUUCAAAUUUAUUUAACAAAAUUUUAUCGCUGUGGAAUUGAUAUAAAUGUAACAUUGCAGUACGAGAUCUAGAAGCUGAAUCUGGAAGAUAACUUAUAAAACCUUUACUUAUGCAACAAAAUAACUAAUUUUUAAUGCAUUAUUAGCUUAUGUAUUAACAAAUAAGUCAUCCAAAGAAUAAAAUAUUAUGUAAUAGUAACUAUCAUUAUGUAACAGUAUGUAUUUUUCCUUCUUUUUUUCUUAUUAUUAAAUUAUUAGAAGUCCUACAAUCGAAUAAAGUAAUAUUUUAUUAACAA